UUGGGAUUGAACCAUACCUCUCUUCCGCUCGCCUCCCUCCUCUUGCUGCUGCUGAUUGAACCUCUCUUCUGCUCGUCUUCUUGUGUUCAGACGAAGCCCGUCCAUCAAAUAGCGAACUAUCUUGCGAGCUAAUUUACUGUGGAUUACUUCAGCGAGAGUAGGUGGGAGUUAUCUUUAAGCCAGUUCGGUAGCUUUCUAGAUUUCUUCAGUCAGCAACUCUCACGAUGUUAUUUAGCCCAACCUCUUUUACCGAAUGUUUACAAGAAUGGGAAGAUCUCGAAAAGGACUUUCAACAAGUUCAGGAGACCCAUCGCCUCUACAAACAAAAGCUGGAGGAGGUUUCCAAAUUACAGAAUAGCUGUUCCACUUCUAUUUCACGACAGAAGAAAAGGCUAAAAGAGCUUUCAGCCUCACUUGAAGAAUGCAAACAGAAAGGGAACCCAGAGGACAUAAGCACUAUAGAUGAGAUCCAAGAAUCAAUGAAAGAAAGACCAAAUGUAUUUUUCGAGAUGGAGGCCUUCCUUCCAAAGAAAAAUGGGUUAUACCUCAGUCUUGUGCUUGGAAACGUGAAUGUUACCCUCCUUAACAAACAGGCCAAGCCACUAGAGUGGUUUCCUGUUUGCUUGGUUCCUUGUGGAGUAGCAAUAGUAAUGGAAAGUCAUCACCAUGUGACCGUAACAUCAACUAGGCAGCAUGUAAAAGGCCCUCCAGUGCUUGAUGUACUUUUCAACUUUCUUUUGGUGUGGUAUUACUGCACAUUGACGAUAAGAGAGAGUAUACUAAUUAAUAACGGCUCUAAGAUUAAGGGCUGGUGGGUAUUUCAACAUUAUGUCUCAACUUUCCUCUCUGGAGUAAUGCUGACUUGGCCUGAAGGAGAACGCUACCAAAUGUUUAGGAACCAGUUCCUGUCUUACUCUAUGUAUAUAAAUUUCGUCCAGUUUCUUCAGUACUACUACCAGAGUGGCUGUCUCUACCGACUUCGUGCCUUGGGAGAGAGACACAACAUGGACCUCACAGUUGAGGGUUUUCAGUCCUGGAUGUGGACGGGACUAACUUUUCUGUUGCCUUUCCUUUUCUUUGGCCAUUUUUGGCAACUCUACAAUGGAAUCACACUUUUCCAAAUGGCUCAACUGCCAGAAUGGAAAGAGUGGCAGGUCCUUAUGUGUGGCUCCACCUUCCUUGUGCUGUUUAUGGGAAACUUCUUCACAACACUGGGUGUAGUUUACCAAAAAUACACAAAUCAGGACAAAGCAAAAGAUUUAUGAAAGAAAACCAAACACUCCCAAAGUCUUUGUCCACAGAGAAAUUCUUUUUUGUUUUAUACAAAUGUUUUUAUGGCCUUAGUUGUGCUGUAUAUUAUUGUGUGAAGCUUUAGUUUCACUCUUUACUGUACUGCAAUUGUAAUGUGCUUUUCUAAUUUACAGAUUUUAACUUAAAAUGUGUGCAUAACAUGAUGAAUGCUAAUACAGUCAAUAUGAAACGAAGUAAGGUGACGCUUCAUAGCUCCUUGUAGUUUGAUCCUGAGUGUCUGAGCAGGAGUUAGUUUGUGUUCUACCCAUGUCAGUGUGAGUUUCCUCUGAGUUUUCCAGUUUCUUCCCAUCUGGUUGGUGGAUUGGCUAUAGUAAACUGCCCUGAGUGCGAGUGUACGUGGUGCCCUGUCAUGGACUACCAUCCCAUCCAGGGUGUGUUCCUGGAAUAGGCUCUGGACCUACUGGGACAGGGCCCAUGAUAAAGCACUUACUGAUGGAUGGAUGAAUAAAUUGAUGAAUGAAUGAAUGGAUGAAUGAAUGAAUGAAUGAAUGAAUAUUGAACAAAAAGCUGAAUGCAGCUUCUUAUGCUGUGCAUUAGGUUAAAAUAUUUUAUUAAUCUGAAACUCAAAAUAAAAAUGGCUUAACCAAUUUUUAUUAAACUUAACUAAGCACCAUUUUAUGUUUUUUUUUACAACAUUGUAAUAAUUAUUAUUUUGUCAUGAUUAGGGUUGGAAUGUAGGACUAAGUAUAAAAUGAUUUUAUCUUAAUCCACUGCAAUCCUAAAACCAAGGAAGGUAAUGGGCACAGUCAGGGGUUAAACGUGUUUUUUAAUUUAUUUAUUAUUUUUUUUUUUUAUAAAGUUAUUACUUAAUAUCUGACUCCAAUAAUCAAUUAAAGAUCUGACUAAAAUCUUUUAUUCA